GUGACGCAUCGGGUCAGCCAAUCGGGUUGCGUCAGGGUAAGUCAUUUAAGACAACAAACCGAGGAGACGUUUCAACAAGUGUUCAGCUGAUUUCCUGCUGGUGGAUGAGGUGAGCAUGAUUAUGUCUCGCAGACUAACCAAAGAAGAGGUGGAUGCACAGUUCGAGCAGUUCUUAAAAGAGUCUGUUUCAGAUGACUCUGUGGAUUUAGGUGGUCCUGACAAGCAGCCACACUCUAAAAGCAACCAAAAACCAACAGUGAGGCAAGAUGAGGCACUCAGUGGUGGAGGAUCAGCAGCAGAUGCAGAAAUCUUUAAAUAAAAACAUGAAUUAGGCUACGUCUACACUAAUCUGGAUAAAUUUGAAAACGGCGUUUUUCUCUAAAAACGCUCCGUGUCCACAAGAGCCGAAGAGUUUUUCAUCCACAAUGAAACGACUAAAAACGCCUACGUUCCAGAACUGCGCAUGCGUGAAACCACGGUUGGAAUCUCAGAUUUCUUUAAGGAAGUCUGAGUCUAUUCAAGAGGAAGAUGAGGAGGCAGAAGGUAUUCACUCAAAGGAGGAAGACCUCGUCUUGAGAGACAACAAAGACACAGAGGGCUCGGCGAUGGUGUCAACCGUGUACAUGAGCGCGGUGGGUUUAGACACUCUGGAGGAGGAAAAGGAGAAGGCCAGGUUCUUUGCCCAGCUGGAGGCAGGAGCUUCAUCUACUAUAGACUACUCCAAGCUGAACAGGGAGCUGGACUCAACAAGUUCUACCCCUGCAAACAACUACAGGAGUGUAGAAGAAGCAGAAGAACCAGUGGAGCAAGGUGGCGGUGAUGAUCACAGCAAGGCCAGAGGGACAGGGAUGAUCAGUCCAGCCUUCACAGGCUACAGCGAGGAUUUUGAAGAUGACGAGGAUGUGAAGGUUCCACUGGAGGAGAAGUCAACGACGGCUUCAGUUCUUGCCAGAGUGUCUUUUUAUGAUUCUCUGGAUGAGGCAGGCGAAGAGGAGAGAAAGAAGAACACUGUGGAGUCUCUGAACAGAGGUCAGUCUUACGCACAAAGUGGGGCCUCAGAGUUGGAGGCUCUUCAGGAGGCCUACAGGCAGGUCCAUGUUGUGGAGGAUUCAGAUGACCAUGGUCCACAUACCUCAUCUUUGGAAGUGAGAUGGAGCAUCAACAGACCUCUGUCUCCUUCCUCUCCUCCUCAACAUGCCCAACAGUCUCUGCAGCCUGUUUCUACCAGUGAGUCAGAGCUACCCACUGCAGAAGAGCUGAUGAGGCUCCUCCGACCAGAGGCAGAUCAAAUUAGAGGCUUCACCCUCCAGCCUGUCAGUGUUGUGGAACCCAACCAAGAAAAGACAUCCAGGGGACUGGAAAGGAGAUUCCCGGAUGAGUCACAGCACCCUGCAGCUGCAGCGAUAAAUGGGGCCAGGGAAUCGACAAGCCACCCAAUCAGUGCUGCUCACCCCCCCAACAAGGAUCUGAUUUGCAGCAUCAGAGCAGAAGUAGACAAGCUGAUGCAGGAUCAUACCAAAAGCUCUUCUGUCACAUCAUCUCACACUGGCAAAACUAAGAAACACCCGGCCUCCCGUGGCUCCCUUACUUUUCCUUCCUGUACCUCUUCAAUGAGACAAGCCACUACAGCUCCUAUAAGAGACAAGCGACUGGAUGGGAGAAGGGCGGUGACUUCAAGGUCAUCGGGGAUAAGUAGAGGUUCUGCUACACCAGCCAAAACCCAGUCUGCUGUUUCCUCACAGUGUCCACACAGAGCGACAUCCACAAAGAACCACGAAGAUUGCUGGGAUUGCACAGAACCAGGAGUAAAAGUGAGAAAUGAACUAGUGGCAUCUGUUCAGUCCUUAGUGGCUGUCCUCCAGCAGCAAAUAGAUGCUACCAAACACCAGGAUUCUGCACAGGAAGUCAGAGAAACCAGGCUGAAGCAACUUCUUCCACAGAUCAGUACUGGCCACGACAGCUCCGUGUUGGAGGAGCUGAGGACCCAGCUGGCACUGAAGGAGAGGGAGCUGCAGAUGAUGAAGGCAGGAGCAGAGGAGCUCAACUCACUCAGACAGCAGAAUUACCUACUGCAAAGCAAGCUGAGAAGUGCAGAAGAAGCCAGUCAGAAAAAGAGGUGGGUGGAGGCUGCAGAUGUUGCUGCAGAUGAGAAGUUCCAGCAGAUUGAUAAAGAAAUAAAAGAGCAGGAGGCACUCAUAAAAGGUUACCAACAGGAGAAUGAGAAGCUGUAUUUACAGAUGAAGGCUCAGCAGGCCAAGAGUAAAGCUAAUGAGGAGGCCAUGUUUAAAGAAAACCAGAGGCUGCUGAAUGAGCUGGCUUCCACCAGGGAGCAGCUGAAUAAAACUUCGAGGCCAGUGGGAAAUAUAUGCUUAACGGAUCAUACUCCACGCAUUGCAGACUUGUUAGCGCAAAUAAACACACUUCAGACAAAUGAGGCCAAGAUGUCUGAGGACGUCCACAAGCUUAAGCAAGAAAAGCAGGCUCUGGAGGUGGACUUGCAGCUCAUUAAGAAAGAGAGAGACCUGGCUAAAGCCCGAGCCAUCUCCACAUCGGGAAAACAGACCUUUGAGAUGCGUGUAUUAGAGGACAGGCACCAGGAGGAAGUGACAGCCCUUAAGAAAAAACUGCAGUGGUUUGCUGAGAAGCAGGAGAAGCUGGACAGAGAUGCUGGCAGGCUGAAGGCUGCUACAGCUGAGAUACACCAGCUCAGAGAACAGGUAGAAAAACUGAAACAGGAAGUGGGCAAAAGAAACAGCUGGCAGAGAAAGGCGAGAGACAAAUUUGUGGACUUGAAGAGGAUGAAGGACUUGGAGCGACAGGUGAAGGAGCUGGAACAAAUACUCAGGAGCAGAAACCCAAAUUCGCUGCCUGCUUUGAUUUAUGCUGCAGCCACAUCUGCCAGCCACGAGGACUUGGAUGCUGGCAAAAUGUCCUCUUCCAGCCGGAUCACUGCUCUGCUGGAGCGAAGGAUCCAACGUCUGGAGGCCGAGCUGGAGAAUCACGAUGAGGAAGCCAAACGCAGCUUCCAGGUUAUGGAGCAGCAAUUUCACAGAGUCAAGCUUCGCUACGAGCAGCAGAUCUGUGAGCUGGAGCAGCAGCUGCAACGUAAGCAGCAGGUUGAAGCAGCAGCUGAGUCCGAGUCAUCAGUACUCCAGGCUCUGGAGGAAGAGCUAUACCGUGUGAAGCAGAGCCACAAACAGAAAGAGAAAUCUCUGCAUGAGCAGAUCGAGUCUCUCCAGCAGCAGCUUAAACAGAAGGCCCUGCUGAGUCCCGGCCGGCACCAGCGCCAAGCCGAGGCAGCAUUUGGCGUGCGGCUUGAGCGACUGAAUCAAGAGCUCGCUAAAAAGACACGGAUCAUUCAGGAACUGAGCUGCACUGUGGACAGACUGAAGAAGGAACGGAGGAACAUGCCAUCUGCCCCCAACACACGAGCAGAAAGACGAUCCACUGAGAGCAAACGGCAACAACCAGGUCUCCCUAAAACACACGGUCUUCUCACUGCAGGAGAAGAAACAUUUCCAGCUGCUCUGUGUGAGAAGACCUAUCAGCCCACAGUAUUCACAGGGAGUCAUAUCUCUGAGGUUCUGCAGGAGAACGAAGCUUUAAAAAAGCAGGUGGAGCUUCUCCUCCUGCAGAGCGAGCAGGAGAAGGAAGCUCUGAAGGCUGAUGCUGCACAGGCCAAGCAGCAGCUGUCCAGGCUGACAGAGGAGUUUGAAGAGCAGCUAUCCACCAUGAAGGCAGAACACUUUAGAGUGUUGGACCACCUGCGGGCCACCCAUGCACUCGAACACUCAGACUCUAAGGUUGCAGAACUGACUAAUAAGCUGAGCACUCAAGAGAUAAUGAUGAAUCAUCUGGACAAGCAGCUGAAAGAAAUGCAGGGGUGCAAAGAAGCACUGAAAAUAUCCAGGAGGAGAGAGGAUGCUCUGCAGACGCAGCUAACCAAACUGCUGCAGGAGCUGAAGGAAGCUAAAGAAGCUUCAAGCUCAGAGGUGAAACUCCUGUGCACCUUGGAGAGGAAGAUACUGAACAUGGAGCUCAGACACCAGCACAGAGAGAAGGAGCUGCAGCAGGUGCUUAGGGGGGCGUGGCAGACGCCAGGUGAUGAUUUGCAGUCUGAGCUGGAGCACUGGAGAUGUCUGGCUCAGGACAAGAGCAGGGAGAUGGAUGCUUUCCGCCUUGAGCUCGACUCCAUCCUGGACAUCCUGAGACAUCUCCAACGACAGGGAGUGGUUCUCCCGACUCCUGAGCUCGCCAUUCCACAGAGGAGUUAAUACAACGUUUGAAAGCUGAUACUGUGAAUGCUGCACUGAUUCCAUGCCAGUGUGUCAGCAAUAGAAGUUUCUACUUUUUUAUUUAAAUAACUAUCUAUUUUUAUGUUUUUCAUGUUAAUGAUAGGAUAUAUUAGGAUCAGUAUUGCACCAAAGACCUGCAAAGACUGGCUUACCAUCCCUGCCUCUACAGAGGAAACAGUCAUGUAAAAUAAAGAAACCUCUUGAGCAUUAUUUUGUUGUUUUUUGACUGUUUUACAUAUCUAGAUAUGACAACCGGGCCUGCAGAUAAAAGUAAUAUAUUUAAUCACAACCACAAUAUGAAUACAUAUUUAAAUAUUCUGUAGUAAAAGUUCUCCUCAUGGCCCCAGUGUGAGGUGGAAGGCCAAGUCUCAGCUAACACUGGCCAGCUUGGUUAGCAGCCUGCACCCAAGCAUGGCUGCUGGGUAGCACUGUGUAACAUGCCAGUCAGUUUUUAUCCUUUGCAGGUGUUUUUGAUGGGACUCACAUCAGAGUCUCAAUUCUUUAUCUCUUUUCCUCUGUUUCAGUGCCUUUGCAGGUCAACUACAUGCCACACUUUGGAAUAAGAAAUCAGCUCCAGAUUCAACUUAUAGAUCCAAUUUGUCUUCAUUAUCAAAUUUUCCAUCUUCUUGGAUUCUUUGCACAGUUUGGUGGUCCUAGAUGAGUUGGCAAUAUAAUUAAACCCAUAGCACCUGAGAAAGGUUUUUUGUUGCAGUUGUGUAACUUCAUUUGUUUGUCAGACUCUUACAUAUCUAUUGCAGCAGAGUCACUGAAUCAUUCAAACAGAAUUUGAAACUCCUCGUUCUAAAGACUUCAUGUACACGCCAUUUUCCUUGUGAUCACUCUUUCAGUUAAUCCUCAUAAUGUCCUCCCGAUUUCCAUACACCUGUGGUCCUCAGGGGUCCAAAAUGUCCCCACUUCAUUUGAGUGUUUUUUAAAAUAUAAAGUAUAAAUUGUCAAUUAAUUCAGUGUUACAUCUUAGUUUUACUUAAGACCAACACAUUAACACAAAAUUUACCCAACAUUUUACAUUUUAGGGCCACCAGACCUUGUUUACAUAAAGUACACUGUGUUUUUGAGCAAAAACAAAUUGAGAAAAUAAAAUAUUUAGUUGUUUAGAUAAUUUUGACUAUCUGACUAACUAAAGAAUGCUGUAUGUUGAACUUUAGUGAGAAAGUUUUUUUUUAACCAUUUAAAAUUUUUAAAUGGCAGCACAUAAUCACACUUGUGGUCCUCAGGGGUCAAAAAUGUCCUCAUCUGGUUUGAUUGAUACUUAAGUACAGAAAACUGCAGAGAGUAGCCAUAUUUAAGUCUACUAUAAAAUCUUCAAGUGAGCAAAUACAUUAAUCAUCGAUUCAUGCUCAAGCCAUUGACGAGGAAUGCUGUCAAACCUGGUCCUAGCUUAUGUCACUGAGUGAAAUACGGAUUUGAUCCCCUACAACAGUCUGUGGCAGCUGUGCGCCCAUGUGGGACACAGAUUACAAUCAGUCAAUUACAGACACUACUGAUCUUAACUUGUGUUUAAAGCACGCCUGUCUUCAGAGUCAGCUUCUUCCACUCCAGCUUCUCCACCACCAUUGGAAAAACCAAAGAGCUGUCAAAAAAUGUCAGGAACGAGGCUGUGGACCUGCACAAGGCUGGAACGAGCUACAAGACCACCAGCAAGAAUACUGAAGAACAUACUGCCAAGGCAACAAAGGAGCGACACGUUAAGGUCAUGGAGCGGCCUAGCCAGUCUCCAGGCCUCGGUCCUCAGGAGGGAGCUGAACUUUCUUGUUGUUUAGCAGCAGCCAAGAAAACUACAGGACAUGGAGUUUCUAUAAAGAGGGUGGGACAAAAUCCUUCCUGAGAUGUGUGCAAACCUGGUGACCAAUUACUACUCUGCUUCGAAAGAAUCGUUUUUCCAUCAAGUGUUAAGUCAUGUUGUGCUUGGUGUGAUCUAAUAUUUAUUUCACUCAUGACAUGAAAAUCUAUUUAAGUUUUUUUCUGUUCUUUCUAGAUACUACCAUGAAAUUUGUGACUUUGUAUGUAAGUGAACUUAGUUCAGUUCAGUUCAUUUUUAUUUCAAACAUAUAUAUUCUCCAACAUUUCAUAAAAUCUUUCCAUGCAGUUGUUUGAAAAGGAGUAGGCAGAAGUAUAUACUUAUUUAGCCCUACCCCCUCAGGUUUACAUCCUCAUCAUCUAAAUUUGAACAACAAAAAUGUAUACAAUCCCUUUAACUUAGAACAUAACAUCACAAAAAAAAUAUUUUCUCAUGUUCAACUAAAACUAUAUUUAGAUUUGCUAAUUUGUAGAAGAAAAUAAACAUCAGUUUGACUGCUG